GUGCCUCCUUUGUUUAAGAAGCUGUGGAUAAAAAGGACACUUAGAGCCUCGUACUCGUUCUUUCUGUUUUCAAGUCCUUUAAUAGUGAUUCCCGAUCAUGCCUGAGCCAGCCAAGUCCGCCCCGGCCCCGAAGAAGGGCUCCAAGAAGGCGGUGACCAAGGCGCAGAAGAAGGACGGCAAGAAGCGCAAGCGCAGCCGCAAGGAGAGCUACUCGGUGUACGUGUACAAGGUGCUGAAGCAGGUGCACCCCGACACGGGCAUCUCGUCCAAGGCCAUGGGCAUCAUGAACUCGUUCGUCAACGACAUCUUCGAGCGCAUCGCGGGCGAGGCGUCGCGCCUGGCGCAUUACAACAAGCGCUCGACCAUCACGUCCCGGGAGAUCCAGACGGCCGUGCGCCUGCUGCUGCCCGGGGAGCUGGCCAAGCACGCCGUGUCCGAGGGCACCAAGGCCGUCACCAAGUACACCAGCGCAAAGUGAGCCCGCCGGCUGCAGAGCAAUCGAGAGAGAAAGAAAGAGCGU